AGUCUCACCCGCGCCGAACUCCAAGAAACCACAGCAGCCAAGCUCUGACCGAUAGCUUUCGGUAGGCUGGUCAGGGAGGCCAGGAUCUUAUCCAGGCGCUUUUCAACAUUUUGCAAGCAGCUCAUGAGAUAUGACGGACUUGGCCUAUGAACCGGUGGUCUUCACCAAAGAUGACCACCUCCUCACCACGGAGCCGGAGUCCCAGGAGGAGUCCAGAGAGCUUCUGCAGCUCCGGGAGCAGGUUUCGCAGCUCACGGCGGAGCGGGCGGCCAAGGAGGCGCAGCUCCGGGACUUGCUGCGGGUGGCCGAGCACGUGCGCGCCCAGGAGGCGGCACGCAGAGCUGCCGAGGAGAAGCUGAAGAUGGCCGAGCAUGCUGCGGAGGCCGACGCUGCCGAGAAGGACCGUCGCUACAACGAGCUUUUCCACAUGGUUUGCCAGGUGGAUCGGGAGGUGGCGCUGCGCCGAGAGGCGGAGCGGCGCCUCGAGACAGCCACCGCGUCAGCCAGGGAGGCGGUGGCCAAGUCGCAGGAGGAGGCGCUGGCCGCCCAGGCCCGCGCCGCCGAGGCCGAGGAGCGUGCUAGUGUGCUUGAGGAGGGACGCCUUCAGCUGGAGGCCCGGCUGGCGGAGAAGGAGGCGCAGCUGGCGCCCUUGAGAUCGCAGCUGGCGAAGGCCACGCAGUCCGCCAGCGAGAACCGGAUCUUGAGCAACUCCUUGCAGGACCAGCUGGCCUCGGUGGUGAAGACCUCGGAGGCCCGGGCCGCCGCCUGCGCGGAGGCGAAGGCGCGCUGCAGCGCGGCGGAGCAGCAGACCCUGGCGGCGCGCCAGGAGGCGCAGCGCUUCACGGCCCGCAUCACCGCCGUGGAGAAGGACUACGACGACGUCCGCGAGCAGUUGGACGCAGCGCGGCGCGGCUACGCGGACUUACAAAAGGCCUACGACGAGGCGGGCGGCGUGCUCUGCGAGCGCUUCGGGGAGGCCAAGCGUACCCAAGAGACGGUGGAGUCCCUGCACAACGAGGUGGAGGCCCUGCAGUCAGAGGCCUCGGAGCUGCGGGGCCAGCUGAAGCGCGCCCAGGUAGAGACCGCGGACUGGACGGAACGAGCCAUGGUGGCGGCGUCUCAACUCGCCGAGGGCCAGAGCAAGGCAGUGUCCACCUUCCUCCGGAAGUUCCCCGCGGCCGCGGCGGUGACGGUCCUCUUCAAACACCUCCUCAGCCGCACUGCGGAGACCCUGGAGGAAGCAGUGAGACAACGCCUCUGCCUGCACGGCCUGUGCCUCUCUCGCCACGAGCUCAACCAGUUCCUCACGGACUUCGCGGGCCUAAGGGGCGUGGAGCUGAACGUGGUGGCGCAGAGCAUCUUCGGGGCCAUGGACCUGGAGCGCGAGGGCCAGGUGCCGCAGGACCUGCUAUUGCAACGCCUUGAUGAGCCGCCCUCCAUGAAGGAGGUGUGGCUGGCAGAUUUGGACAACCUUUGGCCCGGCCGAGACGCGGUGAUCCAGUACGCCCGCCGUGAGAGCCCCCCGCAGACACCCGACAGGGUCGACAGGAGGCAGCCCUCACGACGGAGCCGGCCAGGCUCCGCUGCCACAGCGCCCGGGGCCUUUCGCCGCGACGAGCGCCACGACACGCAGAACGGGGCGUGGCCGAUGCCGUCCCCGCCUUCGAAGCCGUGCCUUGCCAAAAGGCCUGGCACUGCCGUUUCCACCAGAAACAGUCGGAGAGACCAAGAAGGUCUGCGGCUGAGCGGUUCCGCACGGGAGCCCGUGACCGAGGGGCGACAGGAAAGAAAAGACGCCGGCCGCCGCGCCGCGCGUAGCGAGCAGCGCGCUGGAAGCAAGGGCGACGCGUGGCUCGAGUCGAGACCGAUGGCCGGCACGUCGACAAAGAUCCGGCAGCUUCAGGCGGCGUCGGGCGAGCGGCACAAGUCGAGUCAUCGGGCCAACUUGCGAUGA